AUUUCCGUUUACUAAUCUGUUCUUUGUAACAGAAUCUAGCACUGCGGAAACCCUGACCAGUAUAGACUUCAGCAGCUGUAGAGAUAUUACGAACAUUGGAAUUGGACAUUUGAAGCGUUGUGUUAAUCUUGCGAGGAUAGAUGCAUCUAAUACUCAGGUAAAAAGUGACGGAUUAUCGAAGUUUGUUCAGAACUCCAACCUCAAGCUCAAGGUGUUCGGUUCCAUCAUCGACAAGAAACCUGUCUCCACCAGGAAAGGACGGAAACCGUAAACUCUUGGAACCAGGAACCAGUUCUCAUGUAUAUAAACAACUAACAUUACCAGAUCUCAAUACAAAGAAUAUAUGUUUAAAUUAUUCUAUAUUUAGUAAAAAUCUAUCGAUAAAAUAUUCAUUCUUCCAACCAAUGGCAUAAUAUGUUUUCUUGUUAAUAUCAAAACGUUUGAUUUAUCCGGAAGUCGGUGGAAUUAAUUCACGUAGAUUUAGCUCAAAUCUUUAAGUUUCUAUUUUACAAACUUUUCACCAGUCUUUCAUCUCUGCAUGACAUGUUACCUUUCAUUUUGUUAAAAUGUUUCAGAGAAGAUGGCAACCAAUGCAGCUGUUGCCCCGGGAGAUUCCUCCGCUGGAGUUCCUAAGUGGGUUUACGCCCUGGCUAUUGGAGUACCGGUUACAGCUGCUCUAGCCUAUAUACUGUUUGGACCUGGAGAAGAUGGAAAGAAGAAAAAGAAACCUGAAGCUGUCAGCUCCAGCAGUAGUACUCCUGUAAAAAAAGAUAAAGUAACGAUAGAAGAUGUCGAAGAGGUUCCAACUGAUCCAUUAGAACGUGCUGUUGCCGCUAAAAACAGAGGGAACAAAUAUUUCCGAGGUGGGAAAUACGAGCAAGCUAUUAAAUGUUACACUGAAGCUAUAGAAACCUGCCCUGUUGAGAAACAGAUGGAAUUAUCAACAUUUUAUCAGAACAGAGCAGCUGCAUACGAUCAACUGGAGGACCUAGAUAAUGUAAUGACUGACUGUAACAGUGCUCUGAACCUGAACAAUAAGUACGUCAAGGCUCUGGAUAGAAGAGCAAAGACACUAAGAAAGCAGGCAAUGAAGAUUGAAGACUUUCAGAUACAGGUUGAUAAAUUGAAACAAUGUGUUGAAGAUAUAACAUCUGUUUGUUUACUUGAAGGAUUCCAGAAGCAGGAACAUCUUGUUAUGGUUGAUCAGGUUCUCCGGGAGCUGGGUAGAGCUGAGGCUGCUUUAGCCUCCAAACAGAGAGAUCCUGUUCUAACCUCAAAACAUUUUAUUACACAGUACUUCUCGUCAUUCUCAAAUGAUCCUAUUCUCCAUCCCGUGGGACAGGAUGAAGAAAAUAAUGAGAAUGAAACCGGAGAUUCUACUUCACACGGGUACAUCAGAGCGAAGAAGCUGUUUAAUGAAAAGAAAUAUAAUGAUAUUAUUGAGGAGUGUUCAAAAGAAAUUGAUUCCAAUGGAGAACAUUCACAUAAAGCCAGAUUAUUACGCGGAACCUUUUACAUUCUCAUGAAGUUGCAAUCCAAGGCAAUGGAAGAUUUCUCCUGCCUCGUGGAGGAUCCCCUCACUGACGUCAAGGUCAAGGUCAACGCACUUAUCAAGCGCGCCAGUUUAUACAUUCAGCAGUGCAAGGAUCCCAAGAAGGACCCGGAGUUAAGUUUUGCAGAUUUUGCUCUGGCAGCGGAGUUGGAUCCAGAGAAUGCAGAUAUUUAUCAUCACAGGGGCCAGGUCCAUCUUCUGAUUGAUGAUAUAAACAAGGCUAUUGUGGACUUUAACCGAUCUGUUUCUCUCAACCCAACCUUUACUAUUGCAUAUGCACAGAAACUAUUCACGGACUACAGAGCAGCAUCAAUGAUUGGAGAUAGUUCGAAGGUGAACCAGAUUCUGUCUGAAUUUGAGAAAACUAUUGAAAAGUUUCCUGACUGUGUAGAAACCUACGCAUUAUCAGCUCAGGUUCUGAACGACCAGCAGGAGUUUGCCAGAGCAGACGAACUUUAUAAGAAGGCGAUGACGAAAGAUCCUCAAAAUGCUAACCUUUUGGUCCACAGGGGUUUGUUAGCUCUCCAGUCCACAGGAGAUGUUGAGUCAGCAGUGAAGUUGAUGCAGGAAGCUGUCGACCUGGAUGAGAAAUGUGAAUUUGCUUAUGAAACCUUGGGAACAAUAGAAGUUCAACGUGGCAACUUGAGAAAGGCGAUCGAGUUGUUCGACAAAGCUAUUCCUUUGGCCAACACUGAACUGGAAAUGGCUCAUUUGUUCGGGUUGAGAGACGCAUCCAUGGCUCAGAUUACAGUUAGUGCCAAGUUUGGUAUAACCCUCCCUGUUAUGGGUGUUUAAUCUGCCAUAGACAAAUUACGGUGAUCAGAUGUUUAAGAAAUAUUGUUUGCAUUUCUAGUCGUGAGCCUACUAAUACCAGCGACAAGCAUGUUACGUUGAGCUUAUUAAUAAAUAUAUUUUGGUCUCUCUUCA